CAUGCAGGCCCCUUUGCGAGUGACAUCACCUGAGGUGCAUGCUGGGAACAGCAGUAUUGAGUGGAGCUGGGCUGUGGAAGCCUACAAGACACUCCCCCUCCUGUGCCAAGUGCAGCUGAAUCACAACAACCACACCAACACGAGUCACGAUACAGGACGGGGGCUGCACAGGCUGGUUCUGACCCACCUGAAGCCCAACAUGGACUACACCCUGCUGGUGCGAUGCGGGAUGCAGCAGAACUUUUGGAAAUGGGGCAACUGGAGUUCAAAACACAGCUUCAGGACCAGCCCGGAGGCUCCGGACGUGUGGUUGCACAUGAACGGCAGUCACACAGCUCUCAUCAUGAGGAAAGGCCACAGCCUGCGCUAUGCGGUGGCGUGGAACAGCUCCAGGGGGGAGCAGUUUUCCUCAGUGCCUCCCGGAGAGCACAGCUUCCUCCUUUCGGACCUGGGGGACGGGGUCGCCAGGGUUACCGCCUUCAACUCCGCUGGCUCCUCCCCUCCCUCCAGCGUCUGGGUCCCAGAGGCCUCACCUGUUGCCACAGACAGAGUCUCUGGCUCUGGCGGGGGUUUCAACCUGUCCUGGCCUGCUAGUGCUGGUGCCAUCUGUGGGUACAUCGUGGAGUGGGGCCCCGCCCACCAGCAGGACUGGAGGGUUGAGUGGAUGAAGGUGCCACACCCCUCGGCAUCGAUUCCACCAAAGCACUUUCAAGCCGGCGUGAGGUACCUGCUGUCCAUCUACGCUUGCAGUCAGGGCCGGCCACACCUGCUCGCCAGGAAGGAGGGAUACGCUGAGGAGAUGGCUCCCAACAAGACGGUGCAGAAAUUGGAAGGCAAUCCAAGUGGGUCUGGAGUUCAGUUUCACUGGGAUAUGGUUCCUCCGGAGGGCCAGCAUGGGUUCAUCUGUGGAUACCACAUCUAUCUGAAUUCUUCCUCAGGCUAUAAGUACGAAGAAAACAUCAAAAACCCUGAUGCCAGAGAUUACACGAUGAGGAACGUCCCCCCCGGGUGGUGCACAUUCAAAGUGACAGCCUACAAUUCAGCUGGGGAAGGGCCAGAAGCCACGCUCCAGUACCUGGUUCCAGUCACAGAAUCAGCUUGUCGGUUGAUCUUCAGCACCCUGAGCGCAAUGGCCUUCUACCUCAUCUUCACUAUUAUCUGCUACCAGAAGAGGAAUUGGAUAAAGGAGACUCUGUUUCCUAUUAUUUCCAAGCCAAGGGUCCCGCAGGACUUGUCAACUCCAACAAUGUUUUCCUCCCAGACGCUGGACCUUGAGAAGUGCCCCUAUGACAGGGUGGAAGUGUUCCUUUCGAAUGAGGAUUCGGGGGAGGUUCCUGGGGAGGAGAACGGGUGGAGUAUGUGUUCUCCUGACUCCAGCAGCACCCCGCUCAUGAGGUGCUACCAGCAGGCCCCGAGCAGGACGUCCCACUGGUGUGUUCCCCAGGCUCACCCUGCCUCUCCCUCGGGGAUCACCUCCACAUUGCUGCAGCCCCCCCGGGCCCCCCCACAGCCUGCCCUGUCCUCAGGGCAGUACCAGCCCCAGGGCUCAGCGGAGAAUGGGCCCCAGGGCUCAACGGAGAAUGGGCCCCAGGGCUCAGGGCAGUACCAGCCACAGGGCUCAGUGGAGAAUGGCCCCCAGGGCUCAGUGGAGAAUGGCCCCCAGGGCUCAGUGGAGAAUGGGCCCCAGGGCUCAGCCCUGCUGGUGGAUGAUGGGUACCAGCCCCAGGGCUCAGUGGAGAAUGGGCCCCAGGGCUCAGCGGAGAAUGGGCCCCAGGGCUCAGUGGAGAAUGGGCCCCAGGGCUCAGUGGAGAAUGGGCCCCAGGGCUCAGCCACAGCACAGCUCCCCCUGCAGGUGGAUGAUGGGUACCAGCCCUUCCCGUCCCUCAGCACUGCCUCGCCUGGGCCAGGAGGCCUGGACACGCCCACUUCUGCCAACUCCUUCACCUUCCUGCUGGGCGGGGCAUCUGUCAGCCCUGCCUCAGCCAAUCCUGUGCGAGUAAACAGACCCCUCCCACACAAAAACUACACAAACCCCACCUACCAGCCCAUAGACUACACCCACAUGUAGAAUUUUCCUAUAGCUCUAGCCCCUCCUACAGUUCUGUGCAGGUUUAGCAGGCAGACAAUGUUCAUCUGAUUGACUAGCAGAUAAGAAGUAAGACACAAUCAUUCCAGGCAACUAGUCGCCCGCCCUGAGCCACACUAUGCCCAGUUCACACUGCCUUGCAGAGGCAGAAUGACAGUGGUGUCUUCCACCAAAGAGAACACUUGCAUUCUUAAAACACAACACAGCACCCUGCUACACCACACAACACUGCUACACCACUCUGCUACACCACAGCAUACUGCUACACCACAACACACUACUACACCACCCUGCUACACCACUCUGCUACACCACAGCACACUGCUACACCACCCUACAACACCACCCUGCUACACCACCCUGCUACACCACAGCACACUGCUACACCACACUGCUACACCACUCUCCUGAAACCAGAGACAACGUUAGAAGCGUCUUACCUGGGCUAAGGAGAGAAAGAACUGGACCGUUGCUCAGUGGUCCAAAGUCCUCUUUCAGAUGCAUUUUUGCAUUUCAUUAGGAAAUCAGUCUGGAGGAAGAGUGGAGAGGCAGAGUUGCUUGAAGUCCAGUGUGAAGUUUCCAUAGUCAGUGAUGAUUUGGGGUGCCAUGUCAUCUGCUGAUGACAUGGCAUGGUUCACUCAAAGCAACCUGGGCUUCCAUAACACCCCAGCAGUGCCACAGGCUGACCUGGGCUUCAUAACACCUCAGCAGUGCCACAGGCUGACCUGGGCUUCAUAACACCUCAGCAGUGCCACAGGCUGACCUGGGCUUCAUAACACCUCAGCAGUGCCACAGGCUGACCUGGGCUUCAUAACACCUCAGCAGUGCCACAGGCUGACCUGGGCUUCAUAA